AUGACAAAUUUGAAAGGUUUCGGUUGUAAUGAAAAUGAACAUUAUUGCAUUAAAUUCGUCGAUGAUGGUAAUAAUAUUAAUAUGACAUGUUUGCCAUUGAAUAAAGCUGCAGAUGGAAUCACUGAUUGUAUCAGAAGCACUGAUGAACGUAAAAUAAAUAAUUGUUCAAUAUGGUAUCCACAAGAACUGGAUAAACGUUUUCAUUGCAUGAAUAGCGAUAUUUGUACAGAUCCGUCACAAGUAUGUGAUCGAACAUUUGAUUGUCCAUAUGGUGACGACGAGAGAGUUUGUCCAUGUUACAGUAUUCGGCUAAUCAUUUACUUGUUAACUGAAAAUGAUUCAAUAAUAUCACAUGAAGAAAUUGUGCAUAAUCAAGAUGCAUUUGGACAUUCGAAAUAUUUUGUAUAUUUAAUGAGCGGACGACCACGACAAUUACCAAAAUAUAUUCGUAUUGAUUCAUAUGUUAUAGCAAUAACAAAUGUUCAAUAUAUCAAGUUGGCUUUAUCAAAUAUUAUUCCUCUGCCAUUCGUCAAUAGAUUAGCCCUUUUAUUAUUACUCGAAAUAGGUAUGUUACAAACCCAAACCCAAGUCUCAGACUUGGGUUUGGGUAUUGGGUACCCAAGUCUGAGACUUGGGUUUGGGUAUUGGGUACCCAAGUCCGAGACUUGGGUUUGGGUAUUGAGUCAGACUUGGGUUAUUAAAAGACUCCUUUUAACUGAGAUAACUUCUUUUGUUGUGGCUCUUUGAGAAAACAGGAUGUAAGAUGUUUAUUUCGGCCUGUGGGCAUACGUAAUGCCUUACGC